AUGGAGGCAAAAACCCAAUCACUCAAUAUUAUAGUCCCCCCUGCUGAGGUCAGAACUCUAAUUGGGAAGACGGCUGUAUAUGUAAACAAAAAUGGUAUUGCAUUUGAGAAUAAAAUCAGAGCUAAGGAAAAUAAUAAUCCGAAGUUUGUUUUUUUAAACGUCGAAGACCCGUACCAUGGAUACUAUCAGUUUGCACUGGAAUCACUUCGUACUACAGGUAAAAUACCAGAAAUAUUAAGCAAAAAAAAGACUAAAGAGACAGCCUGUGAAGAUACAACUGAACAAAUCGAAGAGAAACUUCCUCUCGGUGAGCCUUCAUCUUAUCAAUUUGUUGAACAAGAAAAUGAUGAUCUGAUCUAUAAAGAAGACGGGAUUUCAGAUAUCGAUUUAAAGGUAAUAAAGCUAGUGGCACAGUUUGCAGUUGUCAAUGGUGAUAAAAUUUUUAACGAUUUUAGGAAACAUGUAUUAAAUAAUAGCCAAUUAAAGUCUCAGUUUUUGUUUCUCAACUCAUCUCAUUCCAUGCAUCAUAUAUUUGUAAAAUAUAUGAAUAUUUACAGAUUAAUUUAUACUAACAAGGAGGCGAUUAUCUCAAAAUACAGUGAAGAUUUCAAUCGAGAAAAAUUCCUUAAUACAUGUUUUAACGCCGCUGAAUAUUAUCAGAAGGAGGCAUCCCUUAGUAAAAGGUUAAAAAAACAAGAAGAAAAGGAGAAGAUGGCAUUUGAAAGUAUCGAUUGGUUAGACUUUGAGGUUGUCGAAACUGUUCAUUUUACCCAAAUUGACGAAAUUUCCCAGUUGAGCCGCCCUUUAAACAAAGCCGAUUUAGAGUACAGAUCAUUAGUGGAAAAAGAAGUUAGUAUCUUUGAUCAACUACAUGAUAUAAAUCAAGACUCUGAUGGCGAAGAGGACAAUUUGGUGAAUGAAGGACGUGAAAUUAUAGAGGGUGAAGAUGAUGAUGGAGAGCUACCACGUUAUGAAAACACAGGAGACAAUGAAACUGAAGAUGAUGAAAACACAGAUAUUGAGACAGUUUCAGAUGAGAAAACUGUAACUGCUACUCCAUCACCAAGAGCAGAGAGUGAAACUUCAACGAUGAAACCUCAAAGAAAAGUGCCCAGGGGAGUGAAAUUAAAGGCUGCCGGAGAAUCGAGGUUGUUAAAAAGAAGAUAUGGCGGGGGAGAUAGUACAAAUGUCCAUCCAGCCCACAAUGAGAAACUGCUGCUUUGUCCAAUUACUAAGGAGCUCAUACCUGAAAGCAAAUUUCAAAGUCAUUUUAGCUCAUUAUUGAGGGAUCCAAAGUACAAGGAAGAGAGGGAAAGAUAUGAGAGUAAAUUCAGGUAUGGUGAUAAUUUGAGCCCUCAAGGGCUCUAUGAGAAUUUGCAGAGCCUAUUCAAGGAGCCAUCCACGAAGAAGAGAAAGAUUUGA